CCUGUUGAUCGUCGACGCCGCCGAAGAAGCGAAACGCGAGGAUGACGACGCUCGCGGUUUUCCAGAUCCGACUCCGCCGUUACCCUCCCGUAGUCGUCGAUUCAGCUUCACCUAGAGCUUUGAUUUUGGUUGAAGAGAAAAACGAAAUGAAAAAAAAAAAACAAAUGAAAAAAUAACGCGACAAAAAUGCGCGAACGACAUGCGGCCGAGAUAAGGUCGCGGAGGGCGACGAUCGGAGAGUUUCGGUAAUCCGAAAAUUAAUCUCAUUGUCUUCCUUUUAUCUCUCUCUCUCUCUCUCUCUGUCUUUCUCUCUCUCUCUCUCUCCCUCGCUCUCUCUCUCUCUCUCUCUUCUCGACGAAACGAAACGAAACGAAAAUCUCUCGACUUUCAAUCGCUCUGGAAAAGUUUGAAAUAAUCGCUGAAACUCCCGUACACAUAUGCGUACAUCGUAAAUAUACAUAGAUGUACAACAAUGUACAUGUGUUCGACGAACUCCCGCGCGUUUUUUUACAGCCGGUAGACGACACACGGCGUAACGCGACUCGACAAAAAAAAAAAUAUAUAUAUAUACAUAUAUAUAUAUAUACACAUAUCGCGACACACAGAUUAGGAAUUAUAAUAUUUGAUUAACGAUAAGAAAUCGAGAGACACGAUACAUGUGUGACUUGUAAUCCACACAUACGUAUAUAUACACACGUACAUUCUGUACAUACCUAUGCGCACGCGUUGUACAUAUAUCCGUAUACAAUGUAUGUACGCGUUAUGUAUUUGAAAUUCGGGUGAGAAGAAGCACGUAAGAUACAGCGUAAGUGUAGUACGAUCGAGUUUUCGAGAUACACGUAUACUCGGCGACAAAAUUUUUGACAAUCGUUACGGGGGCUCCGCGAAACGUGCGAAAACCCUCGCGGCGGCCAUUUUGAAGACGACGAUUUCGCUCCACAAAAUGGCGCUCUCGAAAUUUAUUACCGCCAUGUUUUUUUUUUUGUUGCCACGCUCCGCCGAGAAGUUGGAGGAAAAACUUAUUUUUCUCCCAAAGUUUUCGCGACUGGGGGCGUUCGACCUCGAUGAAAAAUGACCUCGAGAAUAAUUUUUCAAGGACCAUUUCCGCAGCGGAGUUUUCGACCUUCUUCAACGCUUUCGCGAGAUCGUCCAGCUAAGUCCGGAGGAAAAGCGCGCGCGGCCACACGCCGUACCGACCGCUUGUCCUGUUCACCCAUUUCCGAAGGACCUCGUCGAAGCGUGACCGAAUAUACGCCAGACACGGAGAGACGGACAUUUUGCAUCGUUGUACACAUACAUGAUACAUGGGCAGAAAUCGAUACCCACCAUUUGACGUCAUCUGUGUGUCCGAUGUAGUGCCUUUGGCUGUGUUCUUCAGGAUUAUAAAGGACAACUACGGCGGCUACGAAAUAAACUAUUUCACCGGUGGGUAAGAGAU